AUGUCGAUCCCACCAACUCCUCCAACGACCACACGCAAACAGCGCCGGCAGCAACAACAACUGAAGCUCGACUUCCAAGCGACUCUCACCCCCUCAGAUACAAACUCAGAUCAUGAUUCAGACUGCCUCACCAUUCGCCUCGCUCUCCAGUCUUCAAUGGCGCAACCAAUCCGCCUUCUCGUCUGCUCAAUAGGCAACCGAGGACCCUACAUCAACACCCUCCACUCCGCCGCCCACACCGUCCUGGACACCCUCGCGAGCUCGCUCGGCUAUCCCGGCUUUCAAAGGAGCGCCAAACACGGCAACGGGCUCAUCUCUGCCGGCGGAGAAUUCACCCUGUGGCAGUCGAGCUCGCUGAUGAACGUCUCGGGCGUGGGCGUUUCGCGUGCGUGGAAAUCCUUCGUGGCGGAAUCGAGGAAUCAGGAGACCAAGCUGGUCAUCGUACACGACGAGCUCGAGCUGGCGCUGGGACAGGUUAAAGUCAAGGCGGGCACUGCGAGUCCGAAGGGUCAUAACGGGCUGAAGAGCAUCAAUGAGUGCUUGAAGGGGGAGGCGUAUACGAGGAUCGGAGUGGGGAUUGGACGACCGCUGAGUAGGGACCGGGAGGAUGUGAGUGCGUUCGUCUUGAGGAAGAUGACGGGUGCGGAGAAGAGGAGUGUUGAGGGGACUGUGGGCGCUGUGGAGAUGGAGCUGAGGAGGUUGGUGCAGGGCUGA